GAACUUUUCUUCAGUUGCUCACACGAGACUGCCUAAACGUCUUUUCUUUUCUUCACUACGGAGAGGUGCAGCCAGAGCUUGGGCUUGUUCAAGGAAAGUGUCCUGGUGAACUCUGGGGAGAGGGAAAUAAUUGUGCCGCUGUCAGAGAAUAGUCAGUUGGGCGUUUAUUUGGGUUCUAGUGCAGAAUGAAGGAGCUCCGUACAGGGAAGUGUGUGAGAGCAACUGCCCUCGGAUGCUGGUUCUGAGUCCUUACCAACGGUUUGCCUUGGCCCAACUGAACCUGUAUUGGGUACAGAUAAGGAGGAAAGUCUUUUCACUCAGCUCUGUGUGGAAUGCCUGAAUAAAUCGCAUUCACAACUUCAGCAUCAUGACAGAAGAAACAACCUGUUCUGCUUAAGUUUACAGCUAUGGACAGCCAUGAGAACGAAGAGACGUUUCCCACAGACAGUAAGUCUGAAAGUGUCUGCCUGCAAGAGAAGUCAGAUGAUGAGAAGGAGCCUCUUAAAAGAACAGAGCAAAGCACCACUUCUUCGCUUUGUAGGAAGAAAACAAUUAGAAUGUUUAUUAUCAUUGCUAUACUGAUUGGCCUCCACAUCUUUGUUGUUGUUAUGUGGUUUUCAGUUCACAAAAAAUCAGCAGCUGGCCCGUCACCACCUAGCCAAUGCUUUUUAUAUAUCAUUUCAUGCCCUAAAAGCUGGGUUGGGUAUGAAGGAAGGUGCUACUAUUUUUCCGACGUUGAAGGGACCUGGGACUUCGCCCAAAGGCAGUGCUCUUCCUACAAUGCUUCACUAUCUUCAAUAGACACUCCGGAAGAAAUGGAUUUUCUAAUGCGUUAUAAGAUUUCGGCCGAUCACUGGUUUGGCCUCCGGAGACAGACGGUAGGAGAGUCAUGGAAAUGGACAAACGAUUCCAUCUUCAAUAACUGGUUUACAAUUAGAGCAAAAGGCUUUUGUGCUUACCUGGAUGACGAAGGAGCCAGUUCAACACGAUGCGACACAGAACGGAACUGGAUAUGCACCAAACCACUUCACAGUGUUGGCAUGGAGAAGCCUCCGGGUCCUCCCACCGACAUUUCAUCAUUUGAAAACUGCACGGUGUUUACCAAUUUAUGAAGAGGAACUUCUUGGUGCCAGAGAGCCAGCAGGAGGCAGAUAAAGACAUGGUUACACACUUGCUCCUCCUUCAGCUGGACUUUCCCCCAUCACAGUGGCCAUUAAAAGCAACUCCUCUGAGAUACAGAGCCAGGGAGAGAGGCAUGGACUUUACUCUGCCCCUUGGGUGUCUGUGCUAAGUGCUCCCUCAGUGGGGCUAAUUCUGCUCUCCUCCAUUUUAUCCUGUUUAAGUAGGUUAGGUUGAGAGGAUGUGAUUGGCCCAAGAGUCACCCAGCAAGCUUCCAUGGCAGAGAGGAUUAGAACCUGGUUCUCCCAGCUCCUAGUCUGGCACUCUAACCACUACUCCACAGCCACCUUCUCAGAUGUGUGAAGGGAUAGCUAUAAUGGGAAGUUACACAUGAGAACAGGGAGAGAUGUGGACCUCGUCUUAUCAUCACCUCUCACACAGACAGGGACAGAGUUGUUUAACACCCCAGACUUUACUGAACAGCAAAUCACAGAGAGUUUUGAUUAGUUGGGUUCCCAAAUCAUGGAGAGUUUGGAACAAUUUGGUUCCUAAAUCCCUCUGCAUAGUAUAGCACUUGUGUCUUUGCAAGCUGCUCCCAGGAACUGUGGACAGGCAAGGCUGUCCCUUGCUUUGCAGGCAUCAGGUGAUCUUGCCGGUCAGAAAUCUGCCUGAGGCAGGAUGUUCCAGGAGCCUGGAUGCAACUGGUAACUGAGCAAAGCGGGACUACACUAGUCACACUCCCAUCCCUGGUCUCUCUGUACAGACGCUAAAUGGAAACAUGUGCAGCAGUGCCAAACAGCACAGACAUCGUGCCAGGCACAGCCAUGCCUGUAUCCCCAUUAGGGUUUUCAAUCCCACCCCCAUGGGUGGGGGACUACAUUUUCCAGGAAACCCUGCUGAGGCAGAUGUGGUGGCCAUCCAAAUGACACCAAUUCUGUCAAGAAAUUCAGUGUAAUUGUGACUGCUCCAUCAACUGCUGCUGCUAAUGCAUCGAGCUCUGAUCCUGCAAACCAAUGGCUCCUAUGUUGGUUUAACCAGCUGAUCCACAGAGCACAAUGGGGGAGCUGCGAGGUACCCCAAACCACCUAGGGAAAGGGGGAUCCCUAGCAAAGGAGUGUGCUAACAGUCCAGUAUUGGGAAGCCUUCUUCCCAUCAUGGUUGCACUUCCAUGAGAAAAUUUCAAAAAUUUAUAAAAUUCUCUUGAAGUGGUAUACAGAGGAUGAAACUGUUAAAGUCCAGAUGGUGAAGUGGGCUAUAAACUGUCAAAGAGACAUAACAAUGGAGGCAUGGGAGUUUUUGUGGAAAAAUACAUUGAAGAUUUCAACUUGUACCAGUAUUAAGGAAAAUGUCUUUAAGAUGAUAUAUAGGUGGUAUUUGACGCCAAAAAGAAAUAGCUUACGGAAAUGCUAAGAUGUCUGAUAAGUGUUGGAAAUGUAAAAGCCAUGAAGGAUCAUUGUAUCAUAUGUGGUGGACUUGUGAGGUGGCUAGGCAGUACUGGGGAGAUAUUUCAGAAACGAUAAAUGAGAUUUUGCAGAUUUCAAUAAUAAAGAACCCAGAACUCCUGCUACUGAACUUAAAUAUGGAAGAUGUUCUUACACAACACAGAACACUGUUAUUCUAUAUGACAACAGCAGCAAGAAUACUAUAUGCGCAGAAAUGGAAAGUGCAAGAAAUACCAUCUAUUGGAGAGUGGAUACAAAAAUUGCUGUACAUGGCAGAAAUGGAUAAAAUGACAAGAAAGCUGAGAGACCAGAAUUCUGAAGAAUGUUUCAAUUACUGGGGGAGAUUGAAGGAGUAUUUGGAGAAAAAGUGGGACGUGAAGGGGAAAUUAUGGCAAUUUGAAAGUUACUAAUUGGGGGAAUUAUCAGAGAUAAUUUACCAUUUAUAGUGAAGUGUUAAUUAUUAAGUUUAAGUUUUGAAUAGACUGGUUUUUAAUGGAUAUUAUUUAGUUUAUUAAGGAAAUAGGGGAUAGUAAUAUGUAAAGGGAAUAGGUGAGUAAGUAACAGAAUAAGAUAUGGGUUGGAAAGCUGUUGGAAGUCCGAGAAAAA